AUGCGACCGCGUAAGCCCGGGGCGCAUGCGUCUCGCCUCCGUCGCCGCCAAAGUGAGGCAAAGGGCGACCAAGGCGGCAGUGACGGCUGCGCGGUUAGCGGUGAACGCGGCGGAAGCGGUGAGGGGAUGCUCGCGACGGACGCGGCACAACUCAUGGAGCGCAUGCGCCGCCGCUCGGAGGAGCGCCGAAAGGCGGAGGUGCGUGUGGGCGAGCGCGAGGGGUGGAUCAAGUCGCGCUACGCCGACACCGCCGCCGGUGCGCGGUUCGACAAGGAUGACGUUCUGGCGGGCCUCAUCGCGGACACAAAGUCCAGCUUCCUCAAGCUGGACCAGGAGCUCUCGGAGGACCACAGCAUCGCGACGCAGCGGCUGCACGCCGCCGUCUUUGCUCACACCUCGGAUUUCCUGCAGCUCUUCCGUGACGUGAACCGCGCGAGUACGUUGGUGGAGAGUUUAAAGGGCCGCGUGCAGGGAACGAAGGCCGCCAUAUCUGCCAUUAGUAAAUUCAGUGCGUACUUCGCCGGCGCCGAUGACGGCGACAGCCGUGCCGGCUCGGAGACGUUUGGUGUCUCACUGCUUUGCGGUGGCGGCGAGGUCGGCGGCGGCGGCAGUAGUAGCAACAGUAUUGUGAAGGCGCGCGCGCGACCGAGUCUCAUUUCUGUGCGGCUGACGCGAGGUGACACGGCUGUCGCCAAGGCAUACGCCAUCAACGUGCGUGGUGGCAGCAGUUUCAGCGAUGCCAGCACCACGCACUUCAACCACGACGGGGAUGGCAGCGGCGGCGUUGGGGUUGCCGCGGAAGGCGGCGGCGCGGCGGGCAGCGACGAUGCCCGGCAGGUGGUCACAACCCGCUCUUUGAACACACCAUCUGUGCGGCUCUGGCGUGACGCAACCCUGGCGGCCGGGGGCGCGUCUGCCUCGAUGCAGCGGCAUCGUCACCAGCGGUUGGACUUGGAUCGCAACCGCGGGAUGCCGAGCUCGCAAGACAUUGCCCUCUUUGCGGAUGUGCUGCGGGAUGAGGUGGUACAGCUCCUGGCGGGGCGGCGCUACCUUGAGGCGGCGGAGCUGCUGCGCGGCGUGGAGGCGGCGGCCGUUGCCAAGGGUUGUCUCCCACUGAUUCUGCGGCUAGAUGAGAUGCUCGUGGGCGUCAUACGAACCCAGCUGUUGCGUGUACCGAUGCCCCUCAUGUACAGUGAGAGUUUGCAUAUUCCCUUGGUGCAGCUGCUGCUGCGGCUUGGCAGAGUGCACAGAGGGACACGACUCUUCUUCCAACUUCACGCCGCCUGGGUGGAUGCGGAGAUGGAUAAGCUGCAACUUCGCAUGGAUCCAAUGUACGGCGCACUGAUCGCCAGUGACUUCCUCGUUGGGGCGAUGCAAGAGGUGUUGCUGCGCCAGCAGAACUUGUGGAACGCUGCCGGCCUCAAGCACGAAGGGACGCCUCAUGGCGCCGACAAGGAUGAAUGGGGUAGAAAGAAGGCGGAGAAGGCCUUGCACGGCGUCGGUGCUGGCAACAUCAACAACAGCAGCAACAGCAACAGCAACAGCGGCGACGGCGUUGUUCACAGGACUACUGACGGCGGUAAAGGCGGGCCCGGCGGUGCUUCCAAAGUGGCGGCCCAGCCCGGUGUCUUUACAAUGCCGCCGAACUCUGCCGCUGUGCUCUGGGUGCGCGAGCGCGUCGACAAACUCGCGCGGGAGUUGCUGGGAACCAGGGCGCUGAGUUACGGCAUUGGCGCUGAGGGCGGUGACCCGUCGCGGUUUCGCCGCGCCGUGAUGAUGGCGGCGGACGCGAUUCGUACAAUGCGGCGCAUGGACGACUCGGGCUACGCCGGCUGUGACACCCACCUGCUGCGCCUGCUGACCCCGAGCCUCGUUUACCUGCAGGCAGACUUCAGCGUCUGCAUGGACGUUCGGCUUGAAAGCACAGGCAUGGCUAUGGUGGAGCACCUCGUCCGGGACGCGCGGCUGAUGUACGAAACACGCGAGGCCGCCUACAACCCGAAGGCGUGUGAGGAGGCGGCGCGCCGAAACAAUCUCGGGUGCCGCGAGCUGCAGCAACGUCUGCGGCAGCUUCCCCGCACCUCGUAUGCCUUGUUGCUGGAACUCCUCCUUGCCCCGGCCUCCUCGAGCCUCUUCAAGCAACAGGGCUGCGGGGGUGAGGCGUUGCCGCCGCCGCCGCCGCCGCAGCAGCAGCAGCAGCAGCAGCUGAAACAGCUGCUCUCGCCGGAGAAGUACACCUUCCUGCGGUACGCCAACGGCUGCACACACUCCCACGGCCUCCUGCUUUCUUCGCUGAUUCGGUUCGUGGCGGCCAUGACUGGCCAGGAGUCAUUGCCGUUGGAGCGCAUGGAGCAGCAGCUAACGCAGGAGCCGACGGAGGAACUGCAAGAAAAUAAACUGGAAUGCGUCUCCUUUCUCCUUUCCAACGCCCUCGUGCUAGAGUCUCUGGAUAUCACGAUACAGCGGCUUUUGCUUUCGUUUCUGCGAACAACGCUGCGACAGCGACAGGCGUUGGUGUCAUUUCUGCGCUCUGCACCCUUUAUUAACAUGCACCGUCAGCUAUUUGGCGUUGCAUGGAAAUCCGCCGCAGCGCCUCCGUCUGCCUUCACCGCGCGGUGGUUGCUUGAUGCCAUGCAGCUGCUCCUUGCCGAUGUCUUGAGUGCCUCCGUUUGGGUGGCGUUUCUCUCUCGCGGUGGGGCCCUCUCUUACAUGCUGUGCGAUUCGGCCCUGACGUUUCGCUCACAGUACCUGGAGGAGCUGCGUCGUGUGCUGCCGCGCCUCGUGCAGGGGUGGAUGGCCGCCGUACUGAGCCUGGCGCACAACCUCGACGCCGCAGACAACCUCCUCAUUGGGGACGCCGCCGCGCUGCUUCCUCCUUCCGCGGCUGCUGCAGCUUCUGCAGCUUCUGCCGGGGAAAAGGAUGAGGAGGUCGCUGUCGCUGGGUUGCGGAGGGACCGCGCCACCUCAACAGUGACCGCUGUCGCCGCGAGCUACGUGAAAGGGGGCAACGGCGCGUACGAUGCUGCCGCUCAGCUGCUCCAGGCGGCAGCCGUCGAUGAGGCGCGACUGACGCCGUUUUUGCUGAGCCUCGUGCACGACCAAUUCUUGGCGUGCGCCGCGGGGGAAGUGGAGGCAGCGUGGUCCAAGACGCCGCCCCAACCCUCACCCGCCCCAUUGCUGCCUCCGCUUCGUAGUCUGCGUGAGGUGCUUGGCAGCUACCCGCAGUUUCCCACUGGCGGCGACUUUGACCACAACGACGAGUUGUUUCUCUUUCACUGGUGCGCCCAGAUCUCGCUGAACACGAUUGCGUUUUUCCAGGAGCACCUGGUUCUCCCAAGCCACGUUGUGAAUGAGCAGUGGGCGGCACAGCCGCACGGUUCUGCCGCAACGGGGGCGAGCAAGCCAGGGUCUCCGGCAGGCGCGCGGUACCCGCUGCGGGGUUGCGUCUCCCCGCAGGAGGAAUCGGUGCUUGGGGCAUUGGCUGCAGGCGGAGGGAGUUACGUAAGUGGCGCGGCGCUCCUGCAGUUCAUCUUUUUUCGCCUGUUGCGCGACGUGCUCUGCCGCGUCGAGACGUGGAACACCUUGUACGGUCUUCCUCCCGAGCAGUGGCGUCAGUCGGAGAGCGUAUUGAGGCAGCAGAUCUUCUUCUUCGCCCUCCUUGCCCGCAUCUGGUCCCCGCUCUUCGUGGGCGCGGCGGGACCGGCGGCAGAGGGGGGAGCGGUGACGACAAACCGGAACGGCAACAUCGACGGCGCACCAGCGCUGGUGAUUCUGCAGUGGCUGACAUGUGCCGCACAACCGCGGGAAUCUCAAACUGGGCCGCCGUCGCCGUCGCCGUCGCCGUCGCCGUGCGGCUUCGACGUGGAGGGGUUGGCGUUUUCUUCGACAGUUGUGGGCGCGGCGGCCGCAUCGCCGGCCUCGCGGGGGCCCGGCGCGUGGCGGAGUCAGCGCAAGAGCGGCAACCGUGGUGAGGGUGAGGAAGAAACGGUGGGGCGGGACGGCACAGCGACGCCUUUACCCGGUAAAAGCCAAGCCGCCGCUGCACCAUCGCCGGCGGGCGGCAGUGCGAGCACGAGCGGGGAUGCCACGCGGCUUAGCCUGCUGCUGCUUGACGUGAUUGCCUCGUUCUUUGACGCGCUCCAGGAGCCGCGGGCGAUGCCGGCGAUAAACUCCGAGGUCACGCGGACCCGUGUGGAGAAGGUGGUGGCCUCGGUCAACCUGGCUGACUUUGCCUGGAAGGCGGGACUGAGCGGGAGCGACGACGAGGAGGAGGAUGAGUACGAGGACGAGGAGGAGGAGGACGAUGAUGAUUCUAUUGGAAGCAGCGGCAGCGGCGCCGGGUCUCGCACGACAGGGAGCAGCGCGCUGUCGCCGUCUCCACAGACUGCGGCUGCGGCGGAGGAGUCGUCGCGGCCCCGAGUGACGUUGCUGCAUGUACACGACCUCCUCGUCUACUAUUUUGCCCCGCUGCUGUGA